AUGGCGGUGGUGUUGCGUUAUGUGAACAAAAAAGGGCAAGUUAUUGAAAGGUUUGUGGGUGUCCAAUAUGUCUCUGAUACGACUAGUAGCAAAUUGAAAGAGGCAAUUGAGCAGUUGAUUUCUUCAACAAAUUUGAGCAUGUCCAGGCUACGAGGACAGGGGUAUGAUGGAGCUAGUAAUAUGAGAGGGUGA